AAAAAGUUUACAGUAUUUAAAAAUAAGAGCGAACAAUUUGACGCUGAAUUCGGCUACGCAACCCCCCCUGACAACGAUCCACUCAAGAAAUUAGCAAAAAAAUGUUUUAUACAUUUUUGCAGUCCAUUUUCUUCCCUAAAUAGUUUUUUAAACUGUGUCGUAGGGUUUAUCCCACUCAUGAAAUGGCUACCUUCAUACUCUUUAAAAAACGAUCUCAUACCCGAUGUCGUUGGUGGAUUGACAAUUGGCAUUAUGCACGUUCCACAAGAUGUGUUUUGUAUCGCUUACGCCACUUUAGCCUCUGUACCUCCAGUUGUUGGCCUUUAUGUGUCGUUUUUUGCUCCACUAUUUUACAUGAUUUUUGGCACUUCGAGGCAUACUUCACUUGGUUCAUUCGCUGUUGUUAGUCUGAUGUCAGGGAUGGCCAUAGAGCGACUAAUUUCCAACGACGACAUUUCUUCAGAAGGUGCCCAGUUCAGCCAAGGCCGACCAACUUACACGGAAGCCGCAUCGGCGCUUACUCUAAUUGGUUUCCAGAUUCUAAUGGCAGUGUUUCGUCUUCAGUUUCUAGCCACAUACUUCUCCGAUCAAGUAGUUGCUGGCUUUUCGACUGGGGCUUCUAUCCAUGUUUUAGUUUCGCAGCUAAAAGAAGUUUUUUACGUUCGAGGGAUGCCGAAACGGAGUGGAUUUGCUCAACUCUUUUUGGUUAACAAAUUUACCGUAUCCUCUGCUUUUCUAAUUAAAAAUAAGUUAUUUCUUCUGGUUGGAAAAGAGCUGGUUAAUCCAUUUAUAAAAAAGAAACGGUGGUUCUUCAUGCCUAUACCUUUUGAAUUAAUCCUGCAUUUCCUGGUAAUUCUAAUAUUCCCCUCUCCUGACUUCCCAAAGAUGAAACUCUUCACUUCACUCUUCGUUGACGCUUUUCAGAUAGGAAUGGUUAUUGUGGCAGUACAUAUCUCAAUGGCUAAAAUGUUCGCAAAGAAAGCGGGAUAUAAAAUUGAUGCUGGCCAGGUGGUACCAUUGUCAUCAUUCCAUAGUUUAGCCAGUUUCUUCCCAGUUUAUCCUAUUGCGUGCUCUCUAGGAAGAACCGUUACUAAUGUAAAUAUUGGCACAAAAACUCAGGUUAUUGGGUUAAUAACGCUCCUGAAGUUCUUGUCAAAGAUAGAUUUUACCAUAUGGUUAAUAAGCUUCCUUGGCACAGUUGUAUAUGACGUCAAAGAGGGCUUAAUGAUCUCCAUAGUGUACGCUUUGUUAACAACCGUGUUCCGUGCACAGUGGUGGGUAUUUUUUUUGUUACCAUCUCCAUUAAGUGUACGUAAUUUGAAGGAAGCGUCGAUUAAAGUAAAAGUUGCUGAUAAAUUUAUUGGAGUUAAUAGCAAACAACGCGUAGAAAGUUCAGGUUUGGAAAACCAGCGGUCUUUGCACUUUGUUAUUGACUGUUCCGGGUUUACGUUCAUUGACUACAUGGGUGUCAGUGCUUUGAAGGAGAUCUUCGACGAAAUGCGUUCUGAGGGAGUUCUUGUCUACUUCGCUGGUGCUAAAGCCCCAGCAAGAGAGUUGUUUGCAUCGAGCGGCUUCUACAAGUUUGUACCAAAAGAAAACUUUUACCCAACUAUUCAAGACGCUGUUAGCAUUGCAAGAAGAAGGCAAGACUCCCCAGACACAGGUCAGGUUAAACAAAAACCUAGGUGGGCUUUUGUGCUGUAA